AUGUCGGGUGGAUCCAAAAAAGAAUCCAGCCCUGGCAAUGACCAUGGCGUAGAAUCGGUCCCAGACAAGCUCGAGUUCGACAGAGCCGUAACAGCAUUUUUAUUGGUAAGCGCAAAGCUGCAACGCCGUCUAUCUAGCGACCUGUAUCGAAAGGCAGGACCAGCACAAAGUAUACCGCGCGUCCUACAAAUGGGUCGGAGAACUGCUAUAGCUGCACUAGAAGAGCUGCAGAAAGGAGAGGCUACUCUGUAUGAUACGCAAGGGCGUUCGACAGAAGUAAGGCACAAGAGGUUGUCCCGAAUAGGCAGCGAGUUCGUCGAGAAAGUCCAAGCGGAAAGAAGGAAAGAGCUUGCGAAUAUCAUGCACGGAGAGUUCACUAUUAGUUAUCACGCCGUGUGCCAAGACGUCGACGACGAAAAGUUAUUGAAAACUGCCUUGACACACACAUUUGACUUGAUAGCGGGUGGUUCUGUCUCGGAUGUAUCCCUUGCUGUGGUUUAUUGGUGCAAAGCCCUUGCAGAAGAGAUGGUGGCUUUUGAAAUUUAUAAUCCAAACUAUAAAAGGAUUGUUGAGUUGCAAAAGCGACUGCAUAAGCUGGAUGCAAUUGUCUCGCAAGAAAAAGGGAAAGCCAACAAACUAUGGUCCGAAUCAUCCAGUGAGUGGAGCGAUUCAGAUGAUGGAAUCUACAGUAGACAGAAACACAAGAUCUCCAUAGAGAAAGGUAGUAUCCAAAUUCCAGAUCUUCAAGAGGUCAACAAUGCCGCAAUUGAGGUGUCGCACAUUGACUACGAGGUCGAACAGUUGCGAAAAAGCAGGUGGAGUGCUCGGUCAGAAGCUAGGGCAAUGUACAAGAGAAACGAUGUACUAGAGGAAAUAGAAGGUAUAGCAAACAGGAUGCAGCAGGGACCUAGUGCAAAGAGCACAACUUCAGACAAGGCAAGACGCCUGGUUACUUCUGUAACUAGUAUUGGGGCUAGACACAACAGCGCUACGUGUGGGGACAUUACACACUCGCUACAUAAGAUGGAUAAACAGGCACAUGAUACUGAAAAGGUCCUAAUGCAUGGACUUACUGCACUGAUUACUGCCUUGAGGCGGCUGCAAGAGAAAGAAGAUGGGAUAUUUAAAGAAUUGCAGGAUACAGAAGAUAAUGAGAAAGUAAAAGCUUGGUUGCCUUCUCAUGAAGAUAUUUACAACAUCGUCGAGGGCGUGAGGACAGGCUUUACAGACGAAUAUGAUGGCGUAGCGGACGAAGUGAAGAAGACAAUUGAUAGAUCCCUUUAUGUGAUGAAGUAUGGCUCCUUUACUGAUUGGGCAAAGGCAGUGCAUUACUGGUGUAAAGCAUUUGAAGCGCAAGUCGAGGUCUGCAAUACAUAUGCACGCUUUAGGAGUCAAGUAAGCAGUUUGAAUAAGGCGAGUAAUAAUCAUAUCGGCACUAGUGCAAAAGGACACCAGGAAAGCAAAGAAGACGGAAGUAAAAAGGAACACGGUAAAGAAAGACAGGUCAGUAGAUCAGAUUCAAGCUCAAAAGAUCGAAUGGCACAAGAGUUGAGAAGACAGAUAAAGGCUGAGCUAAAACGGCCGGAAGAGAGAGUAAAAAAGGCAUUGAGGGCUAUAGAGGGUCUGUCAAAGGAAACAGAACAAAAGAUUAAAGGUCAGCAAAGGGUUCCACGGAGAUUUCUUACCAUUAGUAGCAAGACAGGGGUUGCUUCAUCUACAAGAGGAAGUGAGACAAACGACACAAGUAUUUCCGGCAGGGGCGAAACAGGGAGCACGAAGGGUUCCAAUAAGAAGGAAUGGAUGUAA